UUUUGCAUUUCAUUUCAAACGUCGUCCGAGCAGGGUGUGCAUUACCGUCGUUGCGAGGAUUUCCCGGAGCGCAAAGUGUUAUCGCCUCGUAAGUAGGAAGUGCCGUCGCUCUACCGUACAGCGAGUGUGGCAAGAUUUGGAUUAAGUAAAGCACAGCGAGAUUUGCGUUCGGUCGAAAGUGGGUGCACUUUUUCGGCCUGCAGCAUUGUGCGGUGGAAGUAGUCACCAUCGAGAAGAAGUAAAGUGAGAUCUAGUGUGGCAGCGUUCGUGUGUACGUACGUAGUGUGUGUGUACGGUGUGGUGUGGUGUGCUGUGGCCGUGUUGGAAGCCUGAAGUGAAGCGUGUAAACGGCAGUGUGAGCGAAAAGGUGAGAAAAAGGGCAGAAGCGAGAAAAGAGAGAGAAGAUCGUCGGAAGGCGAGCAGCAGCAGCAGCAGCAGCAGUUCAAACAAAGAGCAGAAGAGAAGCAAACAGAAAGAGAGAGCGAGGAAGAAAACGAAGCUACGAGUCUGGAAGUGUGUGCGGUCGUGCAUAUGCGUUUGUUUGUGUGUGUGUGUGUGAACAGAAGAAGCUGGUCAGUUCUCUUCCUCUUGGGUGCGGUAUUCCACGGGAUUGGGUAGAUGUGCGUCGUGUGUGUGUAUGUGUGCGCGCGGGGAAGAGGCUGAAAUUUUCCCAAAAGUAGCGAAAAUAUUGACAUUUCGACAACUGUUCGUUACGACAUCCUUCAACCUGUAGUCGCCACCGCACCUACAUAUUCCGAAAAGCAAUAACAACAAGGGGCCAAACAGCAGGGUGAGGGACACCGACCGUGAAGGUGAAGCGUGUGUGUCUCUUUGGUGUAGAGUAGUGUCUUAGAGUGUAUCUUCACGGAUUUCAACGAGCACAACACAGCCUUAGUGAACUGGGCAAGGAUAGUAGCAAGCACCGAAUAAUAAUCCUAAAGAUCCUUCACAUCCUUCAGAGUUUGCAUCAGUGUCAAAAUGCGUGAAUACAAAAUCGUCGUACUUGGCAGCGGAGGUGUCGGUAAAUCGGCCCUGACAGUGCAGUUUGUCCAGGGCAUAUUUGUGGAAAAGUACGAUCCAACGAUAGAGGACAGCUACCGGAAACAGGUCGAGGUGGACGGUCAGCAAUGCAUGUUGGAAAUUUUGGACACAGCCGGCACAGAACAAUUCACCGCCAUGCGGGAUCUAUACAUGAAAAAUGGCCAAGGAUUCGUGCUAGUAUAUUCCAUCACGGCACAGUCGACCUUCAACGAUCUGCAGGACCUGCGGGAACAAAUCUUGAGGGUGAAGGAUACCGAUGACGUUCCAAUGGUGCUGGUUGGCAACAAAUGCGAUCUCGAGGACGAACGAGUCGUGGGCAAAGAUUUGGGCAGGAGUCUAGCCUCGCAGUUCAACUGCGCAUUCAUGGAAACGUCUGCCAAAGCUAAAAUUAAUGUUAACGACAUCUUCUAUGACUUAGUGCAACAAAUCAACAAGAAAUCGCCCGAACGGAAGCCCAAUAAAAAGAAGAAAUCGCUCUGUGUGCUGCUGUAAAAAAGCUACUUAGGGACAAAAUUGGACAAGUAUAAAUGUCGCACGCUACACGCUCACCAGCACACGCACACAUCCACAAGCACACACACACAUGUACAAACACGCAGUCGUAUAAGAACAAUCCAUAGGAGAGUCCACUUUAGGCGUUGUACGUGUGUGUGUGUGUGUGCGCGUUUGUAUGUGUGCGUGUGUUUGUGUGUGAAGGUGUGUGUGUGAAGUUCAGCGAAAGAAGAUUCAAAACGAAAAGGAUUUAAAUGUUAGACAGAAAGCAAGCAAGCAAGCAAGCAAGCAGGGGCCAGCAGGCAAGCAAGAUGAGAAGAUAAUCAGCGUUCAGAGGAGUGAAGGUUGGUGGCUGCUGCGUGUAUCAAGAUAAGGGAUUAACAAAUGGUGGAAAUAAUUAGCAAGUUUAAGGAGCAAGGUAAGAGCAGUUAUCUAUAUAUACAUAUACAAACACACACACACAUUCUCGGACCCUUCAGAGACGAACCCAUGCAGAGCAGGCGUGGUGCGGCAAUUUUUCUCGCGAUCGUACCGGCGUAGAUCGUGGAACCACGCAUGCAUUCACGCGAAACGGACACAGCAAAAGUACACUAAGGACACAGUUGAGCGCAAGAAGAGGACGGUUAGUAAACCGAGUGCAACCCGGGUAGGGGAAGUAGUAAAACUGAUGGUUACGAAGCGUGUCACGCUUAAUGUAAGAAAAUCAUUAACAGAGCAAACACAUCCUCGCUGAUCAUAUUCAUGGCGCGAAAGGUGCAUAUUGAUGGGUACACCAUUCCGUAAACCAUUCACAUGGAGACACAAAUUUUCGGGACAAUGUCUGUCACGUUGGGAGGAUCUUCAAUGCGAAUAGAACGGGACAGUACAGUUUUAACAGUAGAGGGGGAGGGACAGAACGAUGAAAAAACUAGGCGAAAAAAAAACAGGAAAAUCCUGCGGAUAAUGCCACUGCUCCCCGCACACACACACCCCCACUCCUCAUUUGUUGCAAUAGAAAGACCAGACGAAAAUGAUCGCGAAUGAUCGCAAGCUGAUGAAUGAUGAUGAUGUUACUCUAAGUAAAACCGGAAAGGAAAACCUCACACUAUACCUUAUACAGGGCUAUUUAGCUUCUACUCUCUUUUCUCCUCCGUUCUAUUACGUUAGGUUUGCCGUUGAAAGAAGAUUUUCCGUUUUUUUCCGAUGCUAACCAACUUUUCACCCGUUUUUUUAUAGACUCCUCUUAUUCUUCCUCCUACCGCAUGUUCUAAUCCCGUUUCUGAUUAAGUGUGCGCGCUCGCAGACGAUAGGGUUUUAAUUAUAAUUAUUUUUAAUUUGUACUGCUUGAUGAUGACGAUGGAUGGAUGGAUGGACCCGGGCGCGAAAAAGCGAGAAAAUAAAUGAAGCCGCGUUUUUGCGACGAAAUCCCCUGGCAAAUGGAAUUGAUCGUACAUGUGGUGUGUGUGUGUGAUAACGUCAAGUGUAAAUUAGUAGGUACGUGUGACGAGAAAAGGGCGAAGUGAAAGGAUUUUAUGGUUCGACGUUUUUUUCCUUUAUUUUUUUUGUUGUAGAUCGCUCCUUAGCUGAAUCUUCAUUUCUCUAAAGCCUUUCUCUGUCUGACUGAAUCUGGAUGGACUUUCUUAGAUAACGCGUAGAUAAACAAAACAAAGGGGUUUAAGUAUGUGAAUUGGGAUGGAGUGAAAAGGAGGACAGCUAGUCGACAGAAGAACAGAAGAAAGCAAAUGGGGAACAAGACACGGAAAUUGGCAGAGGUGGUUGAUUCGAUAAUGUUGAUCAUGCAAUUAGAUGGAAUGUAAAUUUGUGUAAUUGACACUCGCGCUAGGGAUUAGCCCUACAUUUUUUUGUUUUGUUUGUUGUUUGUUGUAUCAGCACUUUCUUGAGCUGCUUCUGAUUAGCAGCAGUCGGCUUAUCGGUAAGAUUUCCUGUUUUAGGAGGAAACCCGGUGCCAAAACCAUGAAGAAGAGCACUAGCAGUGAAAAACUAUCUUCCAAUUUUGAUUUCUUCAACUCCUUAAACUUCAGGGAGAUCAUCGUCACUUGCUAAAAGUUGUUAAACAUUGCUUGGAUAUGUGUGUGUAAGUCAGUUAUUGCGCACCGAUCUCUUUGAAAAUGCAAACCGUUCGACUUUACCUAUUCAUAUCAACAGUAGUAAAAUGGUCGAUCCCGCAGCGACGAUCCUCAAAUCGCUGCUGUUGGGCGGGCGGAGAAAAACGGACUUGAAUUUGCAAUGCAAUAUUAUUCUACACAAAAGCAAACAGCAAUUUUAGAGAAAAAUAAUACAGAUAGCAAAGUAUCUCGGACACGUCAAGUAGUAGCAUCAAGCGAACCGGUUUACUCUUCCUCCGGAUUAGGUGUGUGAGAUGAGAUCGUGUUGUUGAUGGUCAACGUGUGUGUGUGAGUCGUUGAUUGUCUCUCGUAGUUGUGUCACUAAAAAUCUUAACAAAAUAGAAGUGAAAAACCACCACCAUCUUUACACAUUUCCAUCCCAGUAAGUGUGACGGUGACGAUAGCACCUGCACUUUGUCUUCUGAUGAAUGGGGACUUUCCUUUUCGGAUUUUCCGCCCUAAUCUCCCCCACACACACAAACACACAUCUUUUGAUCACACGACGUUCGAUAGAUAUUUAAAUAAUGGAUGUGCCACCGUUACAUGGCUAGACAGCUGUCCCCUUCAACCAUUUAUCUAGAGAGCGUAGUGAGGUGUGUGGAACGACGGCCCAGCCUGGCUAGUUUGUAUCGUAAAUGUUUAGAGAGCGCACAGAUAUCGAAGCAAUUGUUGUGUACGGAAAGAGUAGUCAAACGGCACGGGCGCACAAGCGUGCGUGUGUGCGCCAAUGGUUAACAAGGUACCUCUGAUUUGCAACACUUUCAAUAUACCAAUUUGUGUCUGCUGCUUAUAAGUUAAAAACCACGUCAGCUUUUGGUGGAUUAGAGCGAGCGAGCGAUCUUUAUAUGGAAUGGAUAGCAACCAGUAGGGAGGACAGACAACACGCAUUAGCAAUGUAAUGUUUCGUGUAUCUCGUUGAUCCCGGUGUAGGGAGAAAAGUCUGAGUUCGGUGUUCAACAUUGUCCUGUUUCUAACUUGUUUGUUGUUCCACUAUUUGGUAACGAAUUGUCUGAUAUAUGCCGUGGCGGUAAAGAUUCUAAACAGUCUGUUGUGUUAAUGCGGGGUGUGCUACGCAAAAAUACUGGAGUUCGAAUAGAGGAAUAGAAUGAUGAUGGCCCCACUAUACCCUGUUGAGGGAUGCGGGAAACAGUAAGGGCACACACAACACUACUGCUGCUGCUGCUGCUGAUGCUGCUGCUGCUCACUUUCUAUCACUCUCAUCACUCCAUCUCUGCCUUCUCCAAUCAACUGUGUAACGAUGGAUUAGUAUUAUAUAGUACUACAAGUUCGAAUUAAAAGUAUCGAAAAGGUUAAACACACACACACACACACACACACA